GCCACCUAACACAAGGUAGAAGUACUCCCAGUUGUUUGGUAUUUGGUUAGAAAGUCAAAAACAGUUAAAAAUAAAAGAGUCAGUCAACAUCGUCGAGGAUGGUUCGUUUUCAAACGAUGACAGUGCAGGAAUACAAAGCGAGACAUGCGGAUUUUCAAAUAACCUAUGCGUUUCACCCAACGCCAUUGUGGGAUUCUCCGUUAUUGUUGGGCAUAAUCAGUACCGAUAAAGCUAUCGUGUUUUUGGGAUUCGCUGGGAAAGGCAACGAGGAAGCAGUGGCAAGAUUGAAGAAACAUUGGCCACUCUCCGAAUUGACGGAAGACGUCGCGAACGAUACCGUUGAAAUCAUGAAAAGAAUACUCUCCGUACGCGUUGGUGCCGACGAUUCCCUCGUGGUUCUGAUGAAGGGCACAGAGUUCGAAUUAGAAGUAUGGACAGCCUUGUUCUCGAUUUCCGAAGGUAGCACGUGCACCUACGAGGAAGUCGCGAGGAAAGUAGGAAGACCGAAAGCAGCGAGAGCCGUCGGAAACGCAGUAAAGAAGAAUAGCAUCGCGUAUUUGGUACCGUGUCAUCGAGUCGUUGGCAAAUCAGGCAGCAAUAAAUAUUUCUGGGGAACGGAGUGUAAAGAGACCGUUAUGGCCUACGAACGUAAAUUCCUCGAUCUUUGAGUUUCGUUGUUUAUUUUGUAUCUAUACACACGGGUAGGGAUAGUAAGUGAACAAAAUACAUAUAGAUCGAUGUAUAUUUGCACAAUUUUGAUAUAACACAUUUUUCUAAUGUACGUACAAGCCUCUCGGAUACCAGAGUUACGGUUCUCGACACUUACGAUUAUACUUUAUAAGAGAAACGAA